AUGCAGUCCAUAAUACUUCUACCACAAGGUGAAGGACAUUCUUCAUCACAAAGAAGAGGGCGAAAUGAUGAAGCUAAGGCCAAGACGAUACGAAAAGCUCACUCACCAGACACCAGCUUGUGGGUGCUUAAUAAUUUGACUGCUCAGACUAUGGUUUCCAGCUUUUAA